UUGUGUGGGUUUAUUUUGCAGGUUGCAUGGAUAAUCUAAAGUUCAUAACGAACACAGUUACUGUUGGACAAAAUGCGACCCUGACGUGUCCUCGUCAGAAAUCUCAGCACCAAGAAAUCUACCACUGGAUCAGACUUGUUUCUGGAAACUGGCCUGAAUAUCUGGGAGGAACAUUUAACUUUGAUUAUGAUGGUGUUACAGAGAUAACUCACAUUACAGCAAAGCAAGAAAAUGAAGCAUUUGUUCUCCAUAUUAAUGGAGCUAAGAUCAAUGAUGCUGGUCUUUAUUACUGUAUUAAAGUAAAACGACUUAAUCUGACCUUUAUUAUAGGAACAUUUCUUCAAAUUAAGGGACCAGAACCAGAUAUCACUGCUGUCAUUCAGGAGCCUCCAUCUGAGCCGCUAAAUCCAGGAGACCCAGUCAAUCUGCAGUGUUCAGUCUUUAAGACCGAGAAGAAAACUUGUCUAGCAGAUCACAGUGUGUUCUGGUUUAAAGCCGGAUCAGAUGAUCGUCAUCCCAGUUUUCUUUAUCUUCAUGGUAACAGUGGUGAUAAAUGUGAGAGGACUCCUGAAACUAACCCCACACAGAAAUGUGUCUACAGCUUCUCCAGUGAAGUUACCUCCUCUGAUGCUGGGACGUUUUACUGUGCUGUGGCCACAUGUGGAGAGAUUUUAAUUGGAAAUGGAACUACUUUACUAGCAUCCAGCCUGUGGGAUUUGAAGGUGUCCAACACAGUUAUUUUGCUGUUAGGUGCUGCUCUGACUGUGAGCCUCGUUGUUAUAUCUGUCCUAGUUUAUAAAAUCAAGAAGGCAACUUGUGGGUGUUGGAAAGAUGCUGUUAUGAACUGCGACAAUCAGCAAAUUCAACAGAGGACUGAGGUCUCUUUGACGUAUGCUGCACCUACUUUCACACAGAAAAAAGCUGGCAGAGCUGAGAGAAAGAACAUGAAAACAUCACAGAAGGAGACAGUCUACUCUGAUAUCAGAGUUCUGGGAUAGAUUAACAAUGCUUUUAAUUGGAUAAUGGUAGUUUUUUUUUUAUAGACUGUAUAAUGUGUGCUUGGGCAGCAUUGAGGCUUUUCUUUCACCUCUUUUAUUAGUGCAGAUUCAUUGCUGAUCAUUAAAGCUACUUUACAUAUUUUUGUAUGCUUUCCAUUUUGACUGAAGUUGAUUUUUCUUUUAUUUAGUCUCUUGAGAGCAGUGUUAGGCACCUUACUUCAAAAAAGUAAUAAUUAUAGUUACUAGUAACUUCUUGCAAAAAGUAACGCCAUUAGUA